AGGAUCAAAAAAUGGUAUUUCUUCCUUUUGGAAGUACAGUUUGAUAGUAGUACCAAAAAGGAAAUAGCAAAAAAAAUGUAAAACAUAUGGGAACCAAUGGGAGAAAUGAAAGUGUCCAUAUGAAUGUAAGCAAAAGCAAGUCAUUUCCUGCUGGUCCAACAUCCAGACAGUCCCAUACCACGAGGGACAACAUCUAAAAGAUAGCUGUGGUGGUAAGAGUGAUGUGGUGACUUGUGUAAACGAAACAGUCCAUCGAAUGAAGUCGCCACGGUCACAUGAUCGACGCGAAACGCGUAGCGCGUCAAGUGUUUGCUUGUGCGCGGCGAGCAUAAAUAGUCGAGCCUCCCAUCAACCAGCUUGUGAAACUCCCCCCGACUCGAAAUUAUGUCCCUACCAUCUAACACUCAUCAUUCAUUACAUGCCGAUAUCCCACCACGCGACCACCAACCAUUACACUACACCCUUACAAAACCCAUAGCACGCACCCCCCCGCUGACAUCCUCGCUAUCAAGAACGUCUUCAGCGGCUAGUAUUUCGUCAGAGGAUGGAAGCAGUAAUCUUGGCUCAAAUAAUGAGCGUCGUACACGGAAGCGCUUUUCCAACGUACAGCUUAUGAUGCUCGAACAGUUGUUCCACCAAACUUCGCACCCGACGCGAGAGGAACGCGAAGAAGUCGCGAAGGCUGCCGGAAUGACCAGCAAUGUAGGACACUCCACGCCAUCAGCUUCAACGCCUGUCAGGUCUUCACUUUCGCAAACAACCCCCCGCCCCAAUCAUCUACGCAGUCAUACGCGUACUCUCAGCACUCCAUCGGGUACACACGCACCGCUUCGAACGCCUUCUCGCUCUCGUCCCUCUCUUGAUCGUAUCGCUACUCGCUCUGAACUUCGGCCUCCACCUACGCGCACGCGAGCACACACGCCCGACCCACAUGCAACCCUAUGGGACAAUAUGCCUUCAUCUCCGCUUGCACCGCCUGCCAGCCCACCAGCCCGCGAACUCGUCGAGUUUGGGUUAGGUCUGGGUGAAGGUAAAGGUGGGAGAAGAACAUUGGAGUGGGCAUGUGCCGCUGCCAGACUCGCAGAUAAAGAGAAAGGAGUUAGCGUAAAUCGUCCAAACAGAAAGAAGAGUAGUCACGGAGAUGACGAAGAUACAGAGGACGAUAGCGAGGAAGCUAUCACACCUGACAGCAGCUUCGGUGCUGAUUCACAAUUCGGGCAACGUCCACGCAAUGCGCAUACAAGCAUUCGAAAGCUUGGCUCGCUACAAUUAACUCGUGAAGAGAGUAAGUCAAAAGAAGCAGCCGAAGAUGAGGAUGUGAUGCGUGCCGCUCUAGCUCUCUGUGGCCUUGGCCGCCGAUCAACGUUGACACAGUGAAGACUGCCUCAGGUUGCCGCAUGGAUAGUAGGAUCUAGCGUAAUGACUUGUUAAUGACUACCGGAUAGUUAUCACAAGGACUU